GGGGGAUGGGUCGGUGAAUGAUAAGACCAGAAGGGAAGACGGUUCGCUGCAGUGGUAAUUUUACUUUUCAUAAACAAGCAAUUUAUUUUAAAGCCUACAUACUGAUACUUAAGUUUCAGCGCAUUGGCAGGUGAGUCCUAGUGAAGAUGACGAUGCCGCAUGUAGGGGCAGUAUUUGCUGCAAUAGCAGGAGUGAUGGCCAUCAUGUUGCACUCCUCCAUUCAUAAGAUAGAAGAAGGACACCUUGCUGUGUACUACAGGGGUGGGGCAUUGCUGACUUCUCCCAACGGUCCUGGGUAUCACAUCAUGCUGCCUUUCAUUACUACCUACAGAUCAGUGCAGACGACACUUCAAACUGAUGAGAUCAAGAAUGUGCCUUGUGGAACAAGUGGUGGUGUGAUGAUUUAUUUUGACAGGAUAGAAGUUGUGAACAUGCUGGUCCCUUCAGCAGUGGUGGACAUUGUGAGGAACUACACUGCUGAUUAUGACAAAACUCUAAUUUUCAACAAGAUUCACCAUGAACUCAACCAGUUCUGCAGUGUACACACACUACAGGAGGUCUACAUUGAGUUGUUUGACAUUAUUGAUGAGAACCUGAAGACUGCAUUGCAGAAAGAUCUUAAUGCUAUGGCACCUGGACUUACAAUACAGGCAGUCCGUGUUACCAAACCAAAGAUCCCAGAGUCUAUCAGGAGGAACUUUGAACUUAUGGAAGCAGAGAAGACUCGUCUGUUAAUAACCGCUCAGACUCAGAAGGUGGUGGAGAAGGAAGCAGAGACUGAAAGGAAGAAGGCCAUUAUUGAGGCUCAGAAAGUUGCUCAGGUAGCAGAGAUCCAGUUCCAACAGAAGGUGAUGGAGAAGGAGACGGAGAAGAGGAUCUCUGAAAUAGAGGAUGCUGCCUUCAUGGCGAGGGAGAGGGCUAGAGCUGAUGCUGAAUAUUACACGGCUGCCAAGUAUGCUGAAGCAAAUAGGUUGAAGUUAACGCCGGAGUACCUGGAGCUGAUGAAGUACCAGGCCAUAGCAGCUAACAGUAAGAUCUACUUUGGCCAGGAAAUCCCUAACAUGUUUGUAGAGGGAAACAACAGCCCCCCAAAGUCUGCGCGCUCUCAUAAUCUACCCAGUGGUCAGCCAGACUUGCUUAAAGCGAACCCAGAGGGGCAGUGAGUCCACAGCUCUGCCUCUGCACAGGACAGGAAACCUGACGAGGACUUGUUUUGUCUGUGAGGCGGAGGGCACUGAACUGAAGAUAAGGGGUGGGCUAGCUUUGCAGCUAGUGUGGUGAACACCACACUUCAGUCUUAAAUCUAAAUGGCAAAGAAAGACCUGGAAAAUUAAAGGACAUGCAGAAGUGAGAAGUGGGAAAGAAAAGAUAAAAGGGAAAGUUUUUGGUUUUUUUAACCUUCCACUCUUUCAAGAAAAUGCAAGUUUUAGGAAUGAGAAUGAUGCCAUAGUUAAAAAUCAAAAGCAUAAUAAAUGCUUAUGCCUGGGAAGGCGACAGCAAGUAGUCGCCCUGAUUUACAUGUGCUUGCAACCAGUGCAGUGUUUAACUUUGCUGUUAGAUCUGCAUUCAUUUUGUUUGUUUGUAUGCAAGAGGAGUGAUUAAUGAUUAAAUUUUUAUGAUUUUUGGUAAUUAAUUUCUGGUUUAGGUGAACUGGAAUCUUGACAGGUGACACUAAUUAAAAGCGGGAUGGUUUGCGUAAGUGUGUGAUGUGGUCAUCUCUGUGCCAUCUUCUCUUACACUAAAUCACUAGUUGGCUCUUCUCUCUCAACACGAGUCAGUGUGAGGACUGUUUAAUCACACCUCUUAUCAAAUGCUGCGUGUAGAUGAAAUAGUUAUGACAGGUUAUAUGCAGUAGUUGGAGCAUUAUACGUGUGAUUAUUCCAGCAGUCUUUUCCUCACAUGGAGCCCACUUUCAUUUCCAGUUGGAUUAAAUGAUACAGACAUGGAAAAUGAGCUAUGAAAGAUUUUUUUUUAAAUGAUAGUGUUCUAGAAACGAGUGGCCUCAAUUUGUAAAAUUUUCACCUGAGCCUGCACAAAGGUCCAUACUAUUCUACAGAUACUCAAGUCUUUGAAGUUGGGGGGCUGUCAUUGUGUGUUCAGUUUCUAUAGUUGAUAUAAAGUGCUGUCUAGUGGUAGUAAUGUGUUUUGUAAUUUUCUGUUAGCUUGGUGAUAUUUUGCUGUUAUUAGCUGAGGUUGAGAUUGCGCCCGCAACAGAAAGACUUCAGAUUCUGCACUAAGACCUGCUGUGGCAUUUACUGUGAAGCCAGCUGAGGAAUAGGGUUCUGCUAAAAGAAAAUCGGAUUUUUCGUUUCCAAAAGCUAAUUCCAAUUGAGUAAUGGUCAAAAAUUGUUUAAUAUGGGAGCACGACAAUGAAACAGUUGAAUCAUAGUGCGAUUGGAGUCGUAUUAGUCGUAAUUCUUUGGCAGGAAGUCUGUACAUCUUUCCUUCCUCCAUCUGGUUUUGAUUAUCAGGGCCGUGCAUGUGCAAAUUUGUAGUGGCUUGAUUAAGAUGAUUAGUAGUGCCUGCAAUUGUUUGCCGACUCUUUCACAGCUUCUUCACAUGUGGUUGGAAUGUCAAUUCUCAGGAAACCGACUUUUAUUUUGAACAGAGCUUACACUCUUAAAAAGUCAAAAUCGACAACUGUGCCAGACAAAAUAUACGUUCUGUAUGUUAAAAAUCUGUCAGUAGAAUCUGGUGAUACACAAAGAUCAAUUUGACGAAAAGCAAAGCUAUGUUUUAAUGUCAAAUGAAGGUCCUUUGUCUAAAAAACACCACUUUCACCUAGGAUCAAACUCUGUGUCUCCUGCAAAUAUUUAAGGUAGCCUUUUUAUUAUACCUUCACACUUAAUUCCACCAGUAGGUCUCUGUGAAUAUUAUGAGGAUGUCUGUCAGACCAGAAAUAGUAUAAACGAAAGCACCUUUCCUCUGUCAGUGGUAACAAUUUUCUGUAAUUCAAGAAUAAUUGAACUGCAAUGCAUUGCAAUCUUAUUUCUUAUCUCUAACUAUAAUGGCAACACACAGCUCCUAAUAACAACAGGACAUUGAACUGAAAUUUUUUACCUUUGAUCAGUCUUGUGUGACGACAUGAGUUUCAGUACGACACAUAAACAUGCUUUGUUCUAUUUAAAGAUGAAUGUUAAUGGGCUUAAAUAAAAUGCAAGUUGGUGCUAGUUUUUAUUGUGCGUUUAAGCUUAUGGAUUUUUUUCAGCUGUGUGUUUGAGAAACAUAGAAAUACUUCCAAUAUUCAGAAUUCAAGCCUUAAAUAAUAAUAGGUUUCCUCAGACUUAAAGAUUCAGUGAUUCUUAUAAACUUAAAAGCUCCUUUUGAACUUAACUGUGAGGCUUCUUAAGAGCUUGGAUGUACAUACUGUACUGUGCGGCCUCUUCGUAGACUCCAGCUGAGAAAGACAGAUCUAGCAGUGCACACUACUAGUGAUUAGAAGAUGUCGUGAUGUUUACUUGACCUCUGAAUUGCAGUUAAAGGCAUUUCCUUGGUGGUGGGUUCAGAUACAGAUGCAAAAGAGGGGUAUGAAUCACUCAUGAAUUUUUUUGUCAAUAUUUUGUACAAUCUGUGAAAUUCAAACAUUGUCUCCUUGUUUUAAAAGGUUUAUAUGCAAAAAUGUUUUCGAGUUUUGACAAUGUUCUUAUGUGAAAUAAAACCUAUUUUGGUA